AUGUCGACACAACGCGCGCUUUCUGUGACCGUCCGGCCAUUACUGAGCCGGCAGUCACCUCUCUCUGCCUCCCUCUUCCAGAAGCAAAGCCAGCAGCGGCCAUUGCAGCAGACCCUGCGAUUUUGUGGCGUGCUCUCACACACGCGAGUCCUCGUUCCUUUAUUGCGGUCAACACCUUCAGCAUCUGCGAUUGGCUUCGCGAACGUCAGAUUAUACUCCUCUCCCGCCUCGCCCUACGCACAAUCCGUCUACGAACCGCCUCCACCACCCGAGCCGGAACCCAAGAAGCGCUCCCGCACCGUGCGUGCGUUUUUCUUCCUUGUCCGCGCCACGCUGUACCUAAUUGUCGGCCAGUUCGUCGGCUACAAUAUCGUCAGGCGAUACUAUGCGCCCAACGGCCCCGUCUACGAGCCCGAGUUUGAUAACCUCGAGGACGAGCUCGCGGCCGAGCGCAUCGCCGAGUACCUCUUGGACCACCCCUUCGUCCAGAAACUCAACAACGACCCCGACCUCAAACCCACCCACCCCCACUACAAGCUGCCGCACCUGUACCGCCGCGGCAACCUGACGGCCGGCACGCUCGUCGGCCCCGACCUGAUGGCCGUCCCGCCGCUGACCUGGCAGGACGACCGCGGCGAGCGCCUCGUCAUGAUCAUGCACGUCGGCCGGGGGCUGUGCGGACACCCCAACAUUGUGCACGGCGGGUUCGUCGCCACCGUGCUCGACGAGUUCAUGGCGCGCUGCUGCUUCAAGGCGGUGCCGCACGGCAUUGCCAUGACGGCGCGGCUCAACAUUGACUACCGCGCACCGACCCCGGCGGGCAGCUACGUGGUGCUGACGGCCGAGACGGUCGAGGUCGACCGGCGCAAGGCGGUGGUGCGGGGCCGGCUGCAGGUGCUGGGCGACCCGGCCGACCCCGACACAGAAACGGGGGCACUGCUGGCCGAGGCGGAGGGCCUGUUUGUGAGCCCGCGGGAAGCCAGGGCCCUGUCGGCUGUGGCAAAGCUGGUGAACCGGUGCGUCCCCAGUGUCCACAGUAGGGGAAGAGCCGCAGCAGCCACAACCUGCCAUGGCACUGGUGCAAAUGCCCGUGCACCCGAGUCCUCUCUUGUGUUGGUAAACGGCGACGAGUCGGUCGUAUCUCUUGCCGGCGCGUCUUUCGUGGCCGUUGCGGCUGUCUUGGUUGUUGAUGUGGACGUUGUGUCCUUCUGGUCGGACGUUGUCGCGGGUGUUGGCUCGGGCGCCGGAGACGACGUGGCGGGCGGCGGUGAUGGUGCAGUCGUUGCCGAGGUGGUUGUUUCCACAGCGGAUGGCACCGUUGACGACAAGAACGUCGCUCCCCCGUUUGGCAGCGUCUUGGUCGUCUUGGCCUGCGCCGUGUGCGUGCUCCGGUAG